AUGACCAAGGGCGAGACCAUCAAGUGCAAGGCCGCCGUCGCCUGGGAAGCCGGCAAGCCCAUGUCGAUCGAGCAGAUCGAGGUGCAGCCUCCGCGCAAGGGCGAGGUGCGCGUUCAGAUCACCCACACCGGCCUCUGCCACACCGACGCCUACACGCUCUCGGGCUCCGACCCCGAAGGUGCCUUCCCCGCCAUCCUCGGCCACGAGGGCGCCGGCAUCGUCGAGUCCGUCGGCGAGGGUGUCGACCACGUUAAAGAAGGCGACUCGGUCAUCCUCCUCUACACCGCCGAGUGCCGCGAGUGCAAGUUCUGCAAGUCGGGCAAGACCAACCUCUGCCAGGCGGUGCGUGCCACUCAGGGUCAGGGCGUCAUGCCCGACGGCACAAAGCGCUUCUCGUGCAACGGCAAGGAGCUCUUCCACUUUAUGGGCUGCUCCACCUUUUCGCAGUACACCGUGGUGUCGCAGUACUCGCUCGUCGCCAUCGACCCCAAGGCGCCGCGCGAGAAGACGUGCCUGCUCGGAUGUGGCGUGACCACGGGCUGGGGUGCGGCUACCCACACCGCCAACGUCGAAAAGGGCUCCAAUGUCGCCGUGUUCGGUGUGGGCUGUGUGGGUCUGGCCGUCAUCACGGGCGCUGUCGACGCAGGCGCAGGCCGUAUCAUCGCCAUCGACACCAACGACCAGAAGGAGGAGUGGGCCAAGAAGUUCGGCGCCACCGAAUUCGUCAACCCGUCCAAGCUCGACAAGGACAUUGUGGCGCAUCUCGUCGACAUUACCGAUGGCGGUCUCGACUAUACCUUUGACUGCACGGGCAAUGUCAAGGUGAUGCGCAGCGCGCUCGAGGCCUGCCACAAGGGCUGGGGCGUCAGCACGGUGAUUGGUGUCGCUGCUGCGGGGCAGGAGAUCGCCACGCGUCCCUUCCAGCUCGUCACCGGUCGCAGAUGGCAGGGCUCCGCAUUCGGCGGUGUCAAGGGCAGGACCGAGUUGCCCGGUAUCGUAGACAGGUACCUCAAGGGUACCUUCAAGGUGGACGACUACAUUACGCACAAGACCGACCUCGACAACAUCAACAAGGGCUUCGAGUACAUGAAGCAGGGCGAAUGCAUUCGCUGCGUUGCAGACAUGUCGUAA